AUGGCUGAUCAAACAUUAUUAGCAAAAGCUCGCAAAACACGAUUUGAUGAUCUACCGAAUUUUUCUGGACAUCCUUCUGAGGAUGUCGAACGGUUUUUAAAAAGUAUUAAGAACAUAACCAAAGCAACUGAUGAAUCAACUAAUCAUGAAAUUCUGGAAAUAGUACGUGGCAAAUUAACUCAAUCAGCAGGAAUAUGGUUCGAUAACAAUGAAACUAAUUUCAACAAAUGGUCAGAUUUCGAAACGGCAUUUCGAAAUCGAUAUUUUUCUUCAACAUCAAUACACAGGAAAUUUGAUACAUUAAAGCAACGAAAACAAUUACCAGAUGAAUCAAUUACGUCUUACUGCGAUGAUAUUAUUAAUUUAUGCAAGGAAAUUGAUUCCAAUAUGUCGGAAAAAAUUAUCAUUCAAUAUUUAAUGAGUGGAAUCAAUCCUGAUUUUAGGAAAGAAUUAUCAAGACGUGAAUCAUCUAUUAAUACAUUAAAUGAAUUUUUAAAAUACGCAAAAAUUGAACAAGAUUUAUAUGAUACAUUUCGUAAUUUAUCGAUUGAUUCACGACAAUUUGAUUUCAAUUUCAGUCGUCCACCAAUUCCAUCAUUAACUGCCACAGUCAAUCCACAAAAACAAUAUCAUUAUAAAAUAAAAUACAACAAUCCCACUUCACGUUCAACACAAUUUCAGAGCUCCGUUUUCCGACGGAACUCGGAUCCAACAUUGGGAAAUCGAACAUCAACAAUGCCUAAUACAAAACAAAUUUGGACUUAUUCAUCACAAUUAGUAUUAAAGCAGAAACCAAUCAACACUCAACCAACAUCACAACAUCAAUUCAACAAUUGUAAAGUUUGUGGUCGAAAAAAUCAUCGGACAAUUGAUUGUUAUUAUAAGCGUACAACCGGAUGUUUUAAUUGUGGUGAAAAUCACAAUCCAUCAACAAUAACAUCAUUUCCUGUUUACAUCAAGAUUCGUGUUAACAAUCAACCAACGGAAGCAAUUGUUGAUACAGGAUCCGCCAUCUCAAUUAUUCAUUCAAAUUUUCUCAAAACAAUUCAUCACCGUAAUUUUUUAUACCAAACUCAUUCAUGUCAAACUGCAAAUUCAACACCUCUUAAUAUUAUUGGUCAAAUACAACUAGAAAUACAAAUUAAAUCUAUCAAAACUUAUGUUACUGCUCAUGUUGCUACAAAUUUAAUUACAUCAAUUCUUUUAGGCAAUGAUUGGAUAAAUUCGAAUCAUGUUCACCUUUAUGGUGACCAGAAAAAAUUAACUAUUCCUGAUCAAUAUGGCCAAUUAAUUUCAAUUCCAUACGUGGAACCCACAUCUAUUAAUUAUCCGGCAUUAUUAGUCCAACAACUUACUCUUCCACCAUAUUCACAACAAUUAGUUGAUAUUACAUGUCAAGUUACUAAUGCUAAUAAUCUUAUAUUUGAACCAUACGAACGUCAUAUAUCAAAAUUUAUUUUUAUACCACAUACACUACUAAAUACUAAUGGAAAUCACGCCAAAGUGUUACUUAUAAAUGCACAAAAUCGACAACAAACAUUAUCAAAAAAUACACGAAUCGGAACCGUCUCCCGUGAUGCAACAUAUACAAUAUAUGCAACUACACAAAUUCCAACAAAAAAUAAUUCUAUUUUAAACGAACGUCAUCAAACAUCAACUCGACAUUACAAUAAAUUAAAAUCCAGAGCUGUCUUACGUAAAAGGGACAACUCGAAUCAAGAAAAAUUAAACAUUAUUUGUCAUCAUUGCAACGAACAUUUUUUAUCUGGAAAUGAUUUACAAAAACAUCUACGAGCAGAAUGUUAUUCCGAACAGAUUCGAAAACAAAUAUUCGAAUCGACU